GCACAGGAUAGAGCCGAUUCUCGUCAUGACAGAGUGGUUUAUGUGCAUAUACAGUCGCACUCUACCCUGGGCGUCCGUACUGCGCGUCUGGGACAUGUUCUUCUGUGAAGGCGUCAAGGUGAUGUUCAAGGUGGCGCUGGUGUUGUUGAAGAGCAUGCUGGGCCGACCUGAGCAGCUGAAGCAGUGUCCUGACAUGGACGAGACGCUCGAUCGACUGCGCAACGUCGACCAGGAGUACAUGCAGGAGGACUACCUCGCAUUCGAGGCGACGCGAAUCAAGAUCACGGAGCGAGACAUGGAGAAGGAGCAUCAGCUGCAGGUUGCUAAGCGACGGCUGCAGAAGGAGCGUGAGCAGGGAACGUUCGCGAACCUUCCCCCGGCGACCGUCUCCGCUCCCUCGACGCUCACGCACUCAGGAGGCACGUACCACCCGCCAGGUGGCGCCAAUGCGGCGCCGUUGUCUCCAUUCCACACCCCGACCAACGGCAGUCCGUCGGGCGCGCUGCCGCCGCAGCAGCCGCCGCGAUCGCAGACCCCGGACGGAGUCUCGACGAUGAGUCGCCUCGCCUCAAAGCCGCCUCGCGGCGCCGCGACCUCGCGACCCAAGAGCACGGAGGAGGCAGCGGCAGCAGCGGGGAAGAUGAGGCGGUCGUCGGGGCGACGCGCCGCGGGAAGCGGGAGUCCGCCGGCGACCAUCGUACCGUUCGUCGCGAUGCCGGCGAGCCUCGCCGGUCGCCACGACUACGCCGCGGACGCCGAGUACCCGGACUUCCUGCCGCGCGCGAUGAGCCCGCCAGGGGGCGCCUCCGCGCAGCUGAAGGUCGGCGGCGAGCGUCGGUCGGGCCGCGUGACUCCGCAGCGGCGGCCCGUGACGCCCGAGACGCCAUCGCGAGAUUCGACGAGCCCGGUGGAACCGAACGGAGGGCUAACGCCGACCAGCGGGGAGCGGCCGGGGUACACGAGACACGUGUACACGAGUUGA